AUGCCGAGCCGGAGAACAACCCGUUCAUGCUGUCUGAGCACUGAUACCGAUAGAAAAAAGCACCUCUUUGCAGGAACCCCUGUCGCUUCGUCAUGUUUCACCAAUGGGAACAAAAGCCUCAACUGGAUAGGCGUCAACGUCCGCGGACACGUAAUGGCUGUCUCACCUGUCGGUAUGUGUAGGAUGCCCACUGUGGGAAGGAUCAGCGGUACUGAUCGUAGUAGACGACGCAAGGUUCGAUGUGAUGAAAAACGGCCGGUGUGCAACUACUGCUAUCGAUUGUGUCUCGACUGUGCUUGGCAGCAAGAUGUCGGACCCCGAAUGGAUCCGCGGGCGAGAAAAGCCCAUGUUCGACAACAACAGCAUGGACACGAUGAACAGAUCACACCAACGAUCGGAACAAGGAAAGAGAUCUCAUUGUCAUCAGCAACUUACCCCCCAGAGCCAAGUCAAGAAGAUACAGCAGAUGAUAAUGUAUCCUUCAGUCGGAUGUUCAAUUAUGCUAGCUUCAUGUGGGAUAAACAUGGAUCUCCUAGCUGGGGUACCCUUGAUCUCAGUCCGUCGCAAGACCUCAUACCCUGGUCUGAUGCAUCACACUCGGCACUAUCGCAGCCCAAAUUACCAUACACUAAUUUAACAUUAAGCACGACAACACUCUCCGAGGUACCUCAGGUGGUAUCUCCGUCGGGCUCAACCCAUCUGCCUUUCGGAUGGAGUGAGCCUCAGCUAGCUGAGUACUUCGCUCGUUCAGCUGCACCGCCGAUCCUCGCUACGGUUGAAACUAGUGCACAUUGGUUAUGGAUGCGGAAAGAGUUGACUUCGAUGACACUGAGCUCACGAAUGGUGAAGUCUGGAGUCAUGGCGUUCGUCGCCAUGGAGCUAGAAUCGGUCGGCUCUCUAGAACCAGCAAGCCACACUAAGUAUUACCAUGCAGCCAAAGAGGAACUCGAAGACUCCCUAAGCAAAAUCAACCAAGACUGUAGAAUAAGUACUUCACAGCUACGGCAGAUUCUAGCAGUGCUAUUCCUGCUAUCCUAUAUUGAUUUGUUGACCAUGGAUGUGUCCAAAGCGCAUGCCAAUCUCCGAGAAGGCUUCAAUGCUCUACAAAUGGUGGAUAUAGGAUCCCUUGGAGUAACAGAAAAACGGCUACUCUCUUGGCUGCGGCUUCUCGAUGCGCGAGCUGUCAGUGCUGGAGGGGAAGGUCUCUUCCUCACAGAAGACGAUAGUGCCAUUAAUACGGAUCUGAAAUCGCCUGAAAGUUCCAUUUCAGAAGUAGAUUCUGGACUCGAUGAUGCAGAAGCUACAUUGGAAGACUUCAUAAUGCGACCGGCUUAUAUUUUCUUUCAAAAAGUACAGUUAUUUAUGGGUCGAGUCUCCAAGAUUGACCCUUGGCAUCGCCGUCGGGGUACCGUUGAAGACGAAACGGAAGUCAUGAUCAUUGCAGCUACCAUUAGUCGUGAUAUUAAGUCCUUAUGGCAACAGCGUCCAACCUUGAUGGAUCAUGCUGUUACUGGUCGAUUGGGAACACUGCUACCAUCGAGCCUGGCAGACACCAUUACUCGCACUAUGAGAGUAUAUCACGCGAAUUACUAUGCCAGCUUCAUUCAUUUGCAUCGUGUGGCUUAUAAAAAUCUUCCGCGUACAACCGAUGUUACCGAUGCCCUUCAAGAGAUUCGCCAGGUAACCCGACUCGUACAACAGACAUCUUUACCAUUAUCUCCACCAGAUAUUGCUGAUGUCAAUGCGCCAAAUACUGCCUUGUCAGCAGUACCGCCGCUGCCCGUUAAUAUGUUAUGGCCUUUAUUAAUGAUUGGGGUUGAGACCGACGACGCUGGUGAGCGGGCAUGGGUCCUUUCUUGUGUCAAAGGCAUGGAGCAUGUCGCUUCCAAUGCAGGAAUGACACACGAUGUGCUUCAGGAGGUUAUACGCCGACAAGAUGAGACAAAAUCACGAGUGGAUAUCCGAAAAGUGAUGCACGACAUAUUUGAUCGUGCCUUUGCCAUCGUAUAA